UUGUUUUGCGAUCGAUUGACGGACGUACAUAAACACGAGGAAAAUAAAUGACUAACGCCAAAAAAAUGCAUAGAAAUAUGAACGCUUUCCAAAAAGUCGAGGUUGUAUCUUCAACUGCUAAAGUGGCGGAUACUUGCAAAUACAAUUUGCGGUGUAAUCGCAACGUCAGUGAAAAAAUGAUGAAGAAGGACUUCAUUUAUGACAUUCCUACCUCUAUGCAGACCGUGAAAAAGCUGGAAGUACAAAAACGACCAUUUAUACUCCAAUUACAACUAAAGCGAAAACCAAAUGUUGGCUCGAAGACGUCGACGUAUACUGUAGUUCCAGAAAAAGCAGCUCAUGAUGGUAGUGGUGAUGCUGUUGUUGCAGGCCGACGGGAUUUAGAAUACAAAUGUAAUUUCUGUCAGGAACCAAUCGCCACUUUAUUUUCUCUAUCUACGCAUGUUAAGUUUCACUGUAAACCAUACUGCAAGAUCUGUUACUGGAUUUUGCGCGAAAACGAGACAAUGGAACAACACACUGGCAGUUAUCAUCAGAGAUUGGGUCAAAAUUUAACAAAAUUCUAGUAUCGAAACGUCU